AGCGGGGUGUCGCGGGCGGCACUGAUCUGGUCGCAACCCGCACCCGCUCAGAGCCGCUACGGUCGCCGCGGACUCCACAUUCCAACGCCGCUGUGCUGCCGGUCCACGCACCAAGCCCAGUGACUGAGUGACCGACUUCAACCCGUGCGACAUUUAUAAACUAUCAACAUGUCUGACGAGGAAGAAUACUCUGGCUCCGAAGAGGAGGAAGUAGAAGAAGAAGUUCAGGAGACGAAGCCAGCUCCCAAACAAGAGAGUAGACCAUCAAUCGCUGGUGAGGGAGACCCAGAAUUCAUCAAGCGUCAAGAUCAGAAGCGGUCAGAUUUGGACGAGCAGUUGAAGGAAUACAUCAAUGAAUGGCGCAAACAGCGGUCCAAGGAGGAAGAUGACCUCAAACGUCUUAAAGAAAAGCAGGCCAAGCGAAAGGUAUCACGCGCUGAAGAAGAAAAACGCCUCGCCCAGAAGAAGAAGGAAGAAGAGGAGAGGAGAGUUCGUGAGAUCGAGGAGAAGAAACAGCGCGAUAUUGAGGAGAAGAGGCAGCGGUUAGAGGAGGCCGAAAAGAAGAGGCAGGCUAUGCUUCAGGCAAUGAAAGACGCAUCCAGCAAAACCGGACCUAACUUCACCAUUCAAAAGAAAGCUGACAACUUCGGCCUCAGCAACGCCCAGUUGGAACGUAACAAGACAAAAGAGCAGUUGGAAGAGGAAAAGAGAAUCUCACUUUCGAUCCGCAUCAAGCCCCUCACCAUCGAAGGUCUCUCGGUAGACAAACUCCGGCAGAAGGCCACAGAACUCUGGGAAUGCAUCGUCAAACUGGAAACAGAAAAGUACGAUCUGGAGGAGAGACAGAAGAGACAGGACUACGACUUAAAAGAGCUCAAAGAAAGACAGAAACAACAAUUAAGGCACAAAGCGCUCAAAAAGGGGCUCGACCCUGAGGCCCUCACAGGCAAGCACCCCCCCAAAAUUCAAGUAGCGUCCAAAUAUGAAAGGCGUGUUGACACACGUUCAUAUGACGACAAGAAGAAACUCUUCGAAGGUGACCUCGAGAAAUUGAACAAGGACUUCCUAGAGAAGGUGUGGCAUGAGAGAGCCGAACAGUUCGGAGGCAGGCAGAAGACGAGACUGCCGAAAUGGUUCGGUGAGAGGCCUGGCAAGAAGAAGGGAGAGACUGAUUCUCCUGAGGGCGAAGAGGACGUGAAAGCCGAGCCCGAAGAUGACGAAGAGCCCGUGUACGAGCCAGAACCCGAAGAAGAAGAGGAAGUCGUUGAAGAGGAAGAAGUAGAGGAGGAAGAAGAAGAAGAGGAGGAGGAAGAAGAGGAAGAAGAAGAAGAGGAAUAAUAAGUGCAUAAUAUGUGGAAAGAGUCAUUCUCGCAUCGGGUCAAACGUGUUGGACUGUACUAUUUAACCAAGUCAUUAACUUAAUACAAAUUAUUUUUAUUAUUUAUACUUCUCAUUCAUACAUGGACCGAAUUACGUCUCCAACAACUGUGACGUCAAUAAACUAAUUAUCAAAUAAGA